AUGGACGACUCUCCUGAUCUUUCCUCUUCAGUGAAACGAGACAUUACUCAAGUCCAAUCUCUCUGCUCCAACAUGGACUCUCUCUGGCGCUCCAUCCCCGUUAAACCGCAACGCGAUCUAUGGAGAAGAAAGAGUGAACAAGUAGGAGAAGAGGCAGAGUAUCUGAACCAGAGUUUGGAGAAAAUCACGUCGAGGAAUCGGAGAAAGAUGUUGGAAGCGAAAGAGAAGGCGGAUUUGUUAGGGAGGAGGAGCGGAGAAGGAGCGCAUAUUCUGCAGAUAUUUGAUGAGGAGGCUCAAGCGAUGAACUCUGUGAAGAACUCAAAGAGAAUGCUCGAAGAUUCGUAUUCAAGCGGAGUUGCUAUACUCUCCAAAUACGCUGAGCAAAAGGAUCGUUUGAAGAGAGCACAGCGUAAAGCUUUGGAUGUUUUGAACACGGUAGGGCUCUCGAAAUCGGUACUGAGGCUCAUUGAGAGGCGAAACCGUGUCGACACGUGGAUCAAAUACGUCGGUAUGAUUGCAACGCUUGUCAUUUUGUAUCUCUUCAUUAGAUGGACACGCUAG